CGACUUGCUUGAAAGAGAGGCUGCCGAUCCGGCUUUGAAAAAGAAAACAUUUGGUUUGAAUUAUUUUAAAAAGUAAAAUCUUUUUAUUAGUAUAAGUAUGGAGACUCUCCUAGAACAACAACGGAGAUAUCAUGAAGAAAGGGAGCGACUGAUUGAUGCUAUGGUCAAAGAGAUGCUCUACAAAAAAAGCUCUAAUCGAGACCAAAUCAACUCCGACCACAGACUUCGAAUUCUUCUUGAUAGGCACAUGGACUGUACCGAAAUGCUAAAAGAACUUUAUGAAGAUAAAGAUGGCUUAAGGAAGGAUGAAAUUGCAUCAUUGUCUGGACCCAAUGAGUUUGCUGAAUUUUAUUCUCGCUUGCGAGAAAUUAGAGAAUUUUAUAGGAAACAUCCUCAUGAAAUUCAAGUUCCCAUGUCUGUUGAAUUUGAAGAGUUGAAUAAACUGCGCGAGAACACAGAUGACAAUGUUCCUGAAAAUAUGGCCGAUUUUACCGAUGAAGAAGGUUACGGAAAAUUCCUUGAUUUACACGAAUGUUAUGAAAAAUACCUAAAUAUUCGAGGAGUUGAGAAACAUGAUUACUUAACAUACUUAUCUAUAUUUGAUCAACUUUUUGAAAUUCCAAAAGAAAGAAAAAACUCAGACUAUAAAAAAUAUUUGGAGGCAUUGCUUGAAUAUUUAGAAGGUUAUGUCAACCGUGUAAAACCUUUGCUUGACUUGAAUGAGGAAAUGGCAAGUGUACUUACAGAGUUUGACAAAGUGUGGGAACAAGGAAAUUUUCCUGGAUGGCAAAAAGAAACUGAGAGUGCUUUGACUCAUGCUGGUGCUCAUUUAGAUUUAUCUGCUUUUUCGUCGUGGGAAGAAUUAGCAUCACUUGGUCUUGACAGAUUGAAGUCGGCACUUAUGGCUCUUGGUUUAAAGUGUGGUAUGACAUUAGAAGAAAGAGCUCAAAGAUUGUUUGAAACAAAAGGGAAAAAACUGAGUGAACUUGAUCCUACUGUAUUUGCCAAAUCCAAACCAGGCAAGGCAGGAAGACACAAAGACAUUGAAAGACAAAAAGAAACAGCUAUUUUAGAGGCACAGCUGUAUCGUUUUGUGGAAAUAGUUUCUGAACAAAGGCAAGCAACAAAAGAAAAUGUUCAAAGAAAACAAGCGAGAACAGUAGGUGAAAGGGAAGAAUCUGAUAAUGAAGCUUCUGAGUCUGAAUCAGAUGAUGAAGAUGAUAAUGAUGUCAUUUACAAUCCCAAGAAUUUGCCUUUAGGAUGGGAUGGCAAGCCUAUUCCAUAUUGGCUAUAUAAACUUCAUGGACUGAAUAUUACAUAUAGCUGUGAAAUUUGUGGAAAUUUUACGUACAAAGGCCCAAAAGCUUUUCAAAGGCACUUUGCUGAAUGGCGUCAUGCUCAUGGAAUGAGAUGCUUAGGCAUUCCAAAUACAGCUCAUUUUGCUAAUGUAACACAAAUAGAGGAUGCUCUUGGUUUAUGGCAAAAACUUAAAGAACAAAAGCAAAAAGAGAGGUUCCUGCCGUCAAAUGAGGAAGAAUAUGAAGAUACACAAGGCAACGUUGUAAAUAAAAAGACAUAUGAAGAUUUGAAAAGACAGGGAUUGUUGUAGAUAGUUAUAAUUAUGUACAAUUUUUAUACUCAUCAGAUAAUGCGAAAUAUAUGAGCAAACAUUUGUAUUGCAUUUUUCAAGUGUACUUUUAAAGUAUGAUUAAAUAUUUUACUUCUCA